ACACUUCGAGGUAGACGACAGCGGACUAAAGUCGAAAGGCUUCUUGAAUACAGAACUGUUGUGCAGGCAGAUCAUGUUAACAAGCGAACAAACAUCGGCGACAAAGUACAGAUUGCAAUGGUGAUGGAACCGGAAAAGAAGCAUAGUGACAGUCCACAACAGGGCACAGUCAGAGAAGAAGAUGGGAGCAUGGACCAGUCACAGGACCAGACUGUCAUGGAGAUCCCCGAUUCCACCGAGAUCCCCGAUUCCACCAGUAACCGUGACGCCCAGUCCAGCAGUAGCCCAGGAAAGACAAACGAGAGGUCUUUUAUAGCCAGUCUCAACUGUUUUAUGAAGGACAGAGGUACACCAAUCGAGAGAAUACCACACCUGGGGUUUAAGCAGAUUAACCUUUGGAGAAUCUACAAAGCGGUUGAGAAGCUUGGGGGAUAUGACUCUGUGACAGCCCGGAGGCUGUGGAAGAGCGUGUACGACGAACUGGGAGGCAGUCCUGGAAGCACGAGCGCUGCCACCUGCACCCGCAGACACUACGAGAGGCUUGUCCUGCCCUUUGAGAGAGAGCGGAGAGAGGAGGACAAGCCCCUCCCUCAAAGCAAACCGAAACAAUAUAAGAGGGGCCUGGACGGCAAGGGGUGCAAGUCCGACGGCAAGAGGAAGAGCGCCCAGCUGGACAAGGACACAGAUUCGCAGGUGGUUUCCCAGUUACAGCAUCUAUUCCUCAUCUCUCUUCCUGCGUGCAGAACAGACCAGAGUCUACCCAGUGUCAGACAGGAGCAUAUGUGUCUUCCUCUCCAUGGACCAUCCCCUCAGACCGGCUCCUUGCAGGCUGCUCACAGCCAAACAAAGAUGGCGACGACCACUAGCCACACCCUCUACACGCCCCCCCAGCUGGUGUCGGCCCCCGCCGCGUUCUCCUGGAGCAGCCACGGGCCCUCCACGCCGGGGGAGGUGAUAUCCCCCCUGGAGAAGAAGAAGCGCGUGGCCCAGGCGAGCCUCGGCCUGAGCCCCGGCCGCAGAGAGGACGAGGCGAAGACAGGCCCUCCGUCAUCCACUGCUCCCAGUCGCCGGGCCUCACCCGGUGCCCACAGCUGCAACUCCUCCGAAGGCUCUCCUCUACCCCGCUCCUCCUGCUCCUCCCGCUGCUCCUCCCCUUACUCCGUCUCCUCCGAGGACGGGCGGCGCGGCCCGGCGACAAACCCUCGCGGCUCCGCCCGGAAUCGCCCCACGCCUACCCCGCCGGCCACCUCCCUGCCCCUGGCCCCGGUGGAGUUCCCACCCCCCAGAGCGGCUUCGGAGGGAAAGACGUCCCCGACUCCUCCAGCCCGCGUAGAACGGCCCCCUGCCGGCUGUCGCGGUCCCUAUCAAAAGCCCACCAGUGUGGAGCCCUGUCUGCAACAUGACCAGCGGCCCCCGGCUCCUUACAUGGUGCUACCGACACCGAGCGCUUACGCUGUCAUUAAGGUGCCUUCCGCCAGUGCCUCGGGUUUCACCAAGGUUCCUCACAAAUCGGCGGAGCCACUGAGGCCCAUUCCUUUUCAGCCAGGUUACAGACAUCUCCAGAACCCCAACAGGUCGAUGCAGCACAACGACACUUUGACCUACGCCAAGAGGAUCCACGUAGCACAUCCACUUUACGCAGCAGAGAGGAAAGAGAGGUCCAGAACCAUGCUGCCUAAACCUCAAGCCACCCAACAGCCCGUGUUCCAUCCACCUCCGGCAUUCCGGUGUCCUACCUCGUACCAGCCUAUGACAGAGCAGCUAGGGACAUUCGACAUCCACAAGGCUUCCACCCUGUUUUUCUACCUGGCAACAUGAGGCUGCCCCAGACCCAGCCUGGCCCAGUGUAUCAUCGCCACGUCAUGACGGGAGCCCCCCAGUCCGCCCCUUACGACCCUAUGCACUGCUAUCCAUAUCCGUCUCCUGUGUGGAAUAUCCAGACAGGUUACAGUCUCCACGGGGCGAUCCACAUAUUCUCACACCAGGCUGUGAUCCAAUCCCACUGAAAUCCACUGUCGAGUCUUAACACAACAAACUGAAUCGGGGGCCUCUGCUCUCGCUAG